AUGGCCCACAUUCUUUACGUUUGGGUAGAUCAUGAGUGCAUUGUUCUGUCCGGCCGACCUAAAGAUGGACGCAGCAAACAGGCGGCUAAUCACAAUCGUACUCGUUUCCUUCUCUGUCUCUUUAGCGUCAUCAUCCUCAUCAGUGUGGCAUCAUCGGCAUUGCCAACAGCCUGCAUCAGGGUUGGAAGCUGGAGGUUGCAGGGGGCUCCUCUCUCUCUUCGUACCAGCCUGCAUGUAUCUAUAUGCCCACCAUAA